UGGCAAAACAGAGCUCACACUAAAGUGCGAUGCUGUGUAUUCUGAAUGUUGAGGAAUGGCAGGGAAAACUCUUAUUUUGGAGGGUCUAACUGCUGAUUUAAACGAUCAAAUCAAAUCAAAGUUAGCAUUGUACUUCCAAAACAAGAGGCGAUCUGGAGGUGAGAUAUCAGAACUCCGGGCAGAUCCGACCGAUAAAAGAAGAAUUGUACUUGUCCAUGUCAACGACAAAGAUCGAAACGAAGUUUUGUCGAGAAAGAAUCAUCAAGUUGAUCUCAAAGGGUCACUGGGGGUAGUAACACUGCACGUUACACUGCCACAGGAUGUCAAGCCAGAGCCUGUGUUAUCUUCUGAAGCAGACUUCGUCUGCAAUGACGAGGCACUACUGCGUGUCACCAGUGAGCGCUGCCGGGAGUCCCUCGAGAUGUUCUUUGAACAGUGUAUCAGGGAUCCUAUUCUUAGAAAACAUGGGAAAAACACAUGGAUCCUCCAAACGUCCCAUAAAGCAGACAUGGAAAGUGUGGCUGCCAGCAAUCCGCAGCAGUAUGGCAUAUUGGUGGAAGUGUACAAGGAGAAGGAGGACGUUGGCUUGUUGGACAGACGCCGGUUUGUCCUCAGCGGCUUGGACGACUGCUGCCCCUCCGACACCAUCUCCAUGUACAUCCACAGGUGCAGCCAACGGGCGGAGCACAGCUGGGAGGCCGUGGGUGGAGACAGCAUCGUGGUCAUCUUCAAAGAGGAAAUAAAUGGACACCAAUUCAUGCAGAAGACUUUCACAGAGAAGUUCAACAACAAAAAGAUUGAGGCUUGUCGUUUGGAACUGACCAAAUCUGUAAUUGUACAAGGAGACAUGAGUCAAAUUUCUGAAGGAUUCCUUAUACUGUAUUUUUCCAGACCAUGGAGAAGUGGAGGGGACGUAAUUAAGUCCUUUGUCCAUCUCAACCAAAAAAAAAGCAUUGUAAUUACCUUUGGAGAUUGGAAGGUUGCUCAGACGGUGGCUGAACUCAAACACACUGUGAUGGAGAAGGAGCUUGUUGUACAACUCUUCUACCCUGACCUCCAGUGGGUUUUGACAGGACAAAGACAUCACCGGUCAAAAUCCUCAACCGAUAUAGCUAUCCCAGUCGAACCUGACCUCCUGAGUUUUAUCAGUCGCAAUGAGAUCCUUCGCGGAGAGCUCACAUAUGCCCUUCAAAGGGUCCAUGCGAUGGUUACAUUCAACAUUUUCUCCAAGCACCCACAAUUGGAACUGAAGAUGUCAAUGAACAAGUAUUCACUGGGCCUGCUCCGGCAUGGCCCCUCCUGGGAGACUAAUGCUCGAAGAGUAGUUCAGACCAUCUUGGAGAAGUACAUUGUAGAGCACAUCCCAAUGGAGGCUGAGGUCUGGCAGGCAGUUAAGGGUAGUUGUCCGGAAGUCAAUGUGGCUACCGCCCUCAUCUCUUUUAAAUUGUGCUCCUCAGAGUUAGUGGUUGUCGGGAGAUGGGAGGAAGUCGAGACACUUGUGAAGGCGAUCAAGAGCAAGAUGGAAAAGGCCAGAGAUGAGCUCCAUGUAGUGAAUAACACCAUCGAGAAAGAGAUCCAAUUUGACUCCAAAGAAAUGUUAGAUCUCACCUUGGAUCUUGUUAGGGAUGAAUUGGUAAAUGUGGACCUAUCCAAAAAUAAUGAACACUUUACCAUACAUCUUAAGGGGCUCAGUGAAAAGGUGCAAACGGCAGAAACCCGAAUCCAAGAAGUCCAAGAUACUUUGACUUCCAAAAAGCUUGAUUCUUCCCAUAACCUUAUACUGUUUUUGCAGUCCCUUGACUUACAGAAGUUCCAAAGUGAUCACUUUUCUCUGGACAACAUUGUUGCUGUUGUGAUCUGUACCAAACAGUUUGUCUCAGUUCUCGCUAAGAAGGGCGACAUUGACAGGGUUGAAAAGAAGCUCAAGAAGGUAAUCAAGCAAGAAGCUCUUUCUAUUUCCGGGAAGUACAAUAAGGAAAGCUUUGAUGAGCAAUGGAAAACCUUUCAUGCAGCCCUAAAAAAGGAACUUGAAUCUACCCAGAACUCUCAAAAUGUUCUCAUUGAAUUUUCAGGGGACAAAAUUGAAUUAUGUGGAUUCAGUUCUGUGGUUGACGAUGUCAUUGCCAAGGUGAAGGCAUUUCUUGAGAACAAGAAAGUGGUAACAGAAGAUGUCCCUCUGAAAACGUUGCAGGAGGUUGAAUUUGUUGAGUCUUUCAUGAAACUCUCAGCGGAUCUUCUGCUCAAAGCCUUGGGAGUCACCAUAUUGCCCUGCAGAUCUCCACAAUCUCCAUGUCUCAAAGUCACAGCUACAAGUGAUCAAAUCAAAGAGGCCAUACAUGUGGUGAAUAGGCACAUAAGGACAAUAACAACCAGAAAGUACAUGUACUCCAAAGCUGGUGAGGCAAAGAUCCUGAAAAAUAAUAAAUCGUUACUCAAGAUGGAGGCGAAAAACUUGGGCUUCAAUCUUGAACUAUCAGCCACACUAGAUGCCUCCAAAACUUUAGCUCUUCCGUCUCUACAAGUGUCAAACACAAUAGUGAUUGGAAGAGUCUCUGUGAUCUUGAAGAAGGCAGACAUCACUAAGGAGAUCGUAGAUGUCAUCGUGAAUUCAAGCAACCAGAAUCUAGAUCUGAACACCGGUGUGUCUGGGGAGAUCUUAAAGGCAGCUGGACAAUCUGUUGUGGAUGAAUGCAAAAAAAACGGUCCCCAGCCUGUUGGCAAUGUUGUGCUCACAGGCGGAGGAAGCCUGAACUGUAAACAUAUCGCUCAUAUUGCUGGAGCUCCAAAGAUCACAGUAUCGAUACUGAAGGUCCUUCAGCUGUGUGAAGGCAAGCAAGCUGCAUCUGUGUCCAUUCCUACCAUUGGCACAGGAAGGGGUGGCUGUCUCCCUGAGGAUUCUGCGAAGGCCAUUCUACAGGGCUUGAGACAACAUAUAUUAUGCACUCCCUUAUCCAGCCUAAAAACGAUCUUUGUAGUGGCCAUUGAAGACAGGACAUAUGACAGCUUAAAGAAGUAUUUCAACAAGCCGAGAUAUAGUAAAACCCUCAGGGCCGGCAUACUGAUGAUGGCUGUACCGGUUGCGCUACCACUGAAUCAAGGUUUUUUAUUUUUCUUCUUUAAAUGCCCAUUUAUGAUUAUUGAAAAACCUAGCAGACCACUGAGGGGAAACGAUGCAGGUGUGACCAGCGGAGGAAGACUGCAGUGUGACUUCAUCAUCCACAUAGUGGGCCCGAGAACUGUGGAGCAGGCUGUUGAGCGUGUGAAGAAUGUGCUGAAGCACUGCGAGGAUAGAUGGAUCACCUCCGUGUCAUUCCCUGCCAUUGGAACUGCAACCACUGCUGAAAGGUUGAUCGGGCCGGUGAAAGUGAAACUGUUUUGCGGUGACAUAACAAAGGAAAAAACGGAUGCUAUCGUCAGUAGUACCAACGCUAGCCUGAAUCUCAAUUCAGGUGUGUCAGGAGCUAUUCUCAGAGCAGCUGGACAAGCAGUGGUUGAUGAAUGCAACAAUUUAGGUAAUCAACCUGGUGAUGGUGUGGUCAUCACCAAACCUGGCCACCUUUCAGCCAAACACAUCAUUCACAUGGUGGGCCAGAACAAGGAGGAAGACAUCAUCAGCUCCAUGCUCAAGGUCUUCAAGAUAUGCGAGGACCAUCAAAUCCAGUCUGUUUCCUUUCCAGCACUUGGCACGGGUUCUGGAAAUCUGUGUGCUGUGGAUGUUGGAAAUGCAAUGGUCACGGCUGUAGAAGAACACAUAAAAAUUACCAAAACACCGUCCCUUAAGGAUGUCCAUAUUGUGAUUUUCCAAACCAACAUGUUCCAGGACUUUUGGAAGAGCAUUAAUAAAUCAAAAAUAAGUGCCCCCCAGGGAGGAGCUGUGGCCCCUACCCAGCAGCCUUCCAUGUGUCUGGCAAGUGCUUGCAGGGAUGUGUCCUUCCCCAAAGUGGAGGUUGAGGUUCUUGGCUGCUGUUCGAGUGACCUGGCAAACGUCAAAAAACUUGUGGAUGACCUGGUGACAAAUGAGUGGAAGAUGCACCAGAUCAGCUCCUCCUACCUGGCCCUCCUCCUCCCCUCAGAGAAACAGGCCAUCGUGGCUCUCAGCCGGAGCCUCCAGGUGUGCGUCAGUGUGUCGGCCCCGGACAAGGCCACCGUGUCUGGGAAGGAGGCCGACGCCCUGGCCAUGGUUCUCCAGAUCGAGAAGCAUCUGCAAAAGGCCAAGGAGCGUGCGACCCGGCAGGAAGAAGAGAAGAGGCUGUGGAAGACGGUGCGCUGGGAGGUCUGCGACAGGGAGGCCUGGGCAGAACUGGACCCGUCUGUCAGUAUAGAUCUUGAGCACGCCUUGCAUAAGAAAGAGCAGCGCAUCAGCUACACCCUGCAGAACCAGACCUACACUGUGAACCUGGACAAGAUGGAGCGGACCGGCAGGAAUGGAACCAUCGCUAGAAUAAAGAGGACCCUGAAGGCUGGUUCUGAAAUAGCUGUCAUAGAGCCACCAACAAAUUGGGACAGGAUGGAUGACAAGACUCUAGACAUAGUGGAUCUGUCUCCAACCUCCCAACAGUACAAACAGGUUCAAGCUAAUUUCCUGGAAACAUCCAAAAAUCCCUAUAGUGUCACCUCUGCAACAUUUACAGUGGUCAAGAUCCAGAGGAUUCAGAGCAAAGACCAAUGGCAGAGAUACGCUGUGAAAAAGCAGAUGCUUGACAAGAAAUAUCCCCAGAACAUGAAUGAGAUGGACCUUUACCACGGCACAACAGCUGAGACUUGCCAAAAGGUCAACAGUAAUGGCUUCAACAGAAGCUUCUGUGGAAAAAAUGGCACUCAGCACGGCAACGGAACCUAUUUUGCCAAGCACUCCUGGUUCUCAUGCAAAUACAAAUACUCUUACCCGGACGACCAGGGGCUGAAGUACAUGUACCAGGCUCGGGUGCUGGUGGGGAUGCCCUGCCUGGGGACUCCUGGCAUGGUGGAGCCGGCCCCCCUGGACCCCAGUAAUCCCCUCUGCGGCCUCCACGACUGUGCAGUAAAUAACGUCCGGAACCCCACCAUUUAUGUGGUGUUCAGCGAUGCAGGGGCAUACCCCGAUUACCUCAUCAGCUUCAAGAAGUCUUGACAAAGCUGCACUCCUUCUGUACCUGUGAAGGGCUAACAAAUACAUUCCUUAUUGAAUUGAAUAGCACUCAACCGCAUAUAUUUUAGAAGGAUACGUGUAGUAACAUGUUAAUUAUAUUACAAAAUAACGCGGGAAUAAUAAUUUGUGUGUCUAUCUCAAACAAUUGUAUGUGUUCUUUAUUUGACGUCUUUGUCUAUGCCCAGAGAUACCUAGUUUCUAUGAAAUAUUACUCAAAUUACCUUCAAAUCGACCAUUGUCAAGCUCUUCUCUUUGCAGAUUUUGGAUAGGUAAAACGAUCUUGGGGUAAUAUUUUUUUCAGGUAUUGCUUCGUCAUUUAAGUUUCUAUAUAUCUUUUAUAUAAUCCAAUUGAUAGUUGAAAUUACAUCUAAAUUGACCGUAAUCUUUGCACUAUAUCAGUGCAGGGCUGCCAAGUUUCAAAAACUCCAGCCAAUCAGAUCGCUUGAAAACCUGUUCCUAUCAGAUCACUUUAUGUAGAAAUAAGUAAAGUGUGUGUUCAUAUGCUCAAUGUUAUAAUUUCAUGUUCUAAAUUGGUUUGGUUUAUUUUCAACAUGUGGCACUUCAAAACAAUCAGAUUUGGGUCCUUCUUUUGUUUAAUCUUGACUGCUGAUGGCUUUCUUGAAAUGUAUUGAAUCCAUGGACCUA